UCUAGAAUGAAUUUACUGCUAACUUUGGUUUGCGUUUGCGCAGCGUUUACUAUAUCGCGUGCUCAGGAUACAAAGCUUGUGCAGAUAAAUCAAGGAACUAUAGUAGGAUAUAAAGCACAGGAUGCAGACUUAUUUGAAUUCUAUAGUAUACCAUAUGCAACUGCCCCUACGGGAACACAUAAAUUUAAGGCACCGCUCGAGCCACCAAAAUUUAGUGAACCUUUCUUAGCAGUAGACCGUGGUAUCGUAUGCCCACAGAAGCCAAUCCAUGUUCCAGAAGGCAAAACAAUACAAGAAGAUUGUCUUAUCGCUAAUAUUUUCGUACCUGACACAAAUGUUACUGACUUGCCUGUUAUGGUCAGUAUUCACGGAGGAGCAUUCCAGCGAGGUUUUGGAAAUUCGCGUUCACUCAAACAUCUAGUGAACAGUAAAAGAAUAAUAGCCGUGACAUUUAAUUAUCGUUUGGGUAUUCAUGGUUUUUUGUGUUUGGGAACAGAAGAUAUUCCUGGGAAUGCUGGCAUGAAAGAUCAAAUUGCAUUACUUCGGUGGGUAAAUGAAAACAUAGCAUUCUUUGGUGGAAAUCCGAAUGAUGUUACCAUCGCUGGAUGCGGUGCUGGUGGAGUAUCCUCCGACCUUCUUCAACUGUCUAAGAUUACAAAUGGCUUGUUUACAAAAUUAAUUUCUUUAAGUGGUUCUAAUGUUGGUUUAUUUAGUGUUCAACUCGACCCCGUAAAUUAUGCAAGGAAUCAAGCAAAAUUAUACAAUUUUGAAAAUGCUGAUGACUUUAAUGCGCUUGAAGAAUUUUAUAAGACCGCUUCAUAUGAACUGCUUAUGUCGGACGAUCAAGCAGAACAUAAACAUUCAGGUGUUGUUUUCUCACCUUGUAUAGAACUUGAUCUAGGUCAAGAAAGGUUUUUAGACGCCAAUCCUAUUGAUAUAUUAAAAAGUGGCGAUUAUAUUAAGUAUCCUGUUUUAUAUGGUUUUGCUGACAAAGAAGGCUUAUUUAGAAUAGAAUUUUUCGAUAGUUGGAAAGAGGAUAUGAACAAGAACUUUUCAGAAUUUCUACCCGUCGAUUUAUCUUUCAAAGAUACCGAAGAGAGGGAAAGUGUAGCCAAAGAGGUGAAAGAGUUUUACUUCGGCGACCAAUUAAUCACGGAUGAUGACGUUUUAAAAUAUGUAGAUUAUUUCACUGAUGUGAUGUUUGUUUACGGUAUUCUGAGAUCAGUUACGUUACAAGUUGAAGCUGGUAAUAGUGAACUAUAUUUACAUGAAUAUUCAGUUGUACAUGAAGACUUACCAAUAAUACCAUACGCUGAUAAUCUUAGGGGAGCUACACAUUGCGCCCAAUUACAUGCUGCCUUUGAUGAAGACGAAUCUAGUCUUUCUAAUGAAUACAGGAAUGCAAAAUCAAUUAUGAGAGAUAUCUGGAUCAAUUUUAUUACAACUGGAACUCCGACACCAGACGAGUCAUCUGUGAUUCCACGGUGGGUACCAGCUAAUGCACAACGAUCGCCUUAUAUGAGUUUUGGUGAAGAGGUGCGUCUGAUGGACUCCCUGAUACCACAGCGAGCUAAAUUUUGGGACGAUCUCUACGAACGAUAUUAUCGUAAUCCUAUACCACCGACUGAAGCUUUAAACAAUUAUUCAAUACGCAUUAAUCUAGGCAAGAUGUGGACAUGUCUAUAUUUGUUGUCGGUGGCGUGUAUAGUUUUUGUGUGUUCUGAAAAAAACGUCGAACGAGUUGUACGUACUCCUCAAGGCCCAGUUCGAGGUUAUAAAGAUUCAGAAGAUGAUAUAUUUGUGUUCUAUGGCGUACCAUAUGCCACCGCACCUACUGGACCGAGAAAGUUUACUGCACCACAUCCUCCUCCAGAGUGGCUAGAAACAUUUGAUGCAGUUGACAAAGGUGUGAUAUGUCCACAGUACAAAGAAGACUGGUUGCAAGACAAAACUAUGCAAGAAGACUGUUUGAUUGCUAAUAUAUAUGUACCAAAUACUCACAAAAAGGAUCUACCAGUAGUAGUCUAUGUACAUGGUGGUGCUUUCCAACGUGGACAUUUAGAUCGUGUUGUUCCAAAAAAGUUAGUGAACAGCCAGAAAAUCAUAGCAGUUACAUUUAAUUACCGUUUAAGCACACACGGAUUUUUAUGUCUCGGUACUGACGAUGUUCCUGGAAAUGCUGGUUUGAAGGAUCAAAUUGCACUUCUUCGGUGGGUACAAAACCAUAUUGCCAGUUAUGGUGGCAACCCAAACGAUGUCACUCUUGCUGGAUACAGUGCUGGAUCAUCCUCUGUUCAUUUACUAACAUUGUUACCAGCUGCCAAAGAUUUAUUUAAUAAAGUGAUACCAGAAAGUGGAGCUAAUAUAUCACCAUCUGCUAUGCAGUUGGAUCCUUUGAAUAAUGCGAAAAGUUAUGCAAAAUCUGUAGGUUUUGAUAAUGUUGAAGACUUUUAUGCAUUAGAAAACUUUUACAAGACUGCUUCUUAUGAUGUUUUAACAGAAAAGUCAUCUUUUAACAGAACCGACAACACUUUUGUCUUUACACCAUGCAUAGAACGGAAUACUGGACCCAAUAGUGUUCUCAUUGAUAGUCCUUAUAAUAUCAUGAAAAAGGGAAACUACAAUAAAAUUCCAUUGCUAUAUGGUUUGACUAAAAUGGAAGGAAUGUUUCGACUGCCAUUGUUUGAAACAUGGAAAGAUGCAAUGAAUGAAAAUUUCGCUGAUUUUCUUCCUGCAGAUUUGACAUUUAAAACUGACACUGAGAAAAGGGAAGUAAUAGGUCGUAUAAAACAAUUUUAUUUUAAUGGUAAACCGGUGACUGGAGAUAAUAUUUUGUCUUAUAUUGAUUAUUUUACGGACACUAUUUUCGCCUUUCCUAUUUUAAGAGCCGCAAAACUACAUGCCGAAGUGGGCCAUGAUAAAGUUUAUUUAUAUGAAUACGACUAUGUAGAUGAAUCUAUGCCAGUUAUACCGUACACGAAUAAUGUGAGAGGAGCUGAUCAUUGCAGUCAAACUUUGGCCGUGAUGGAUGGAUCUGGAUGGUUUAACGCAAACGAAACAAAUUUGUCGAAAGAAUAUUUAAAUGUGAAGGACUUGCUAAGAGAUAUAUGGAUUAACUUCAUAAUUACUGGCAAUCCUGUUUCACCCAAAUCAACAUUAUCGCAGUGGCCUUGUGUUGAUAAGAGUGGUUCACCACAUAUGUCACUCGGAAGUAUUGCAGAACUACGUGGCCCGCUCCUGCAGGAUCGCAUGGCCUUCUGGAAUAGCAUUUACGAUAAACAUUAUCGAUUGCCAUUCCCCCCACCGCCGCCACCACCACUACCACCUCCGCCUCAUACCGAAAUGUAA